AAUUCUAAAUUCUACUUUAGUUGCUGUGCGCACUGUGCAGGCAGCGUGUGAUAGUGUGAUAGGAGUUGGUGGAUAAGCGGAGUGGUCGUGGUGUGCAAGUUUUACGUGUACAAGAGGUUCACGGACAGUCAAAUAUUGCAUAAAUUACCUACGUUUCGAAUAAAUAAAUGGCUACGAAAGAGAAUGAAAAUGGUGUGAAAGGUUUCCAAAUGCGGCAACAAGUCCACAGAACUAAAUGGGAAACAUUUAAAAAUGCAAUCUAUAAUCCUUCAACCAAAGAGUUUCUCGGAAGAACGGGAAAGAGCUGGGGACAACUUUUGACAUUCUAUUUUAUAUUUUACGUGGUCUUGGCAGCGUUGUUUGCCAUUUGUAUGCAAGCCUUAUUGGCAACUCUCGACGAUAAAGAGCCCAAAUGGCAGUUGGAGAGAAGUUUGAUUGGCACAAAUCCAGGUUUAGGGUUCAGACCUAUAUCUGAGAGGACCGAGGAAGGUUCUUUGAUUUGGUACGACCAGAAAAAUGAAACUGCAAUUAAUAAAUGGGUGAAACUCAUCGAUAAAUUCUUAGAUCCGUAUCUAAAGGAACAGAAUGGCAAAAACUUCGAAAGAUGCGACUUUGAUAAACCUGCCAAUGACAGUAAAGUCUGUGAAGUGAAUUUGGACAAGUAUGGUGAUUGUUCGAGGGAGAAUUCGUACGGGUAUAAUAGUUCCUCACCUUGUGUUUUCCUGAAACUGAAUAAAAUAUUUGGUUGGGUACCAGAGUACUACACGAAUGCUACUGAUGAAAUGCGAAAGUAUGAUGCAGAUUUCGCCAAAUUUGUGGAAACCAAUGGAGCUGAUCACCAGGUUUGGGUCAGCUGUCAGGGCGAAAAACCGGUCGAUAAGGAGAACACUGGAGGGUUUAGGUACUUCCCAAGCCAGGGUUUCCCUUCGUAUUAUUUUCCAUAUAAAAACGUGAAAAAUUAUUUGAGUCCUUUGGUUGCAGUGCAAGUUUUAAAUACUGCACCCAAUGUUAUCAUCAGUAUAGAGUGUCGAGCUUGGGCCAAAAAUAUCAAAUACAGUAGCAGCAAUUUACAACGAGAGGGAUCAGUCCGUUUUGAGAUUUUACGAGAUUAAUGUUUGUGUUUGGAAUGAUAGUUUGGCGUAGUACUUAUUUGUUUUUUUAACAUUAUUUUGUUUACGUUUCUUUUAUGUAAUUGAUAAAAUUGAGUUCUGGUUAUGCUUUAUCUGUUGAUCAAUGUUUUCUGUUUUGUGUUUUUGUUGAAAACAAUAAUUUAAAAAUCUGUACUUAUCUUUUAAGUUAUUUAAAUAAUAAUAUGGACGCUUUAGAACGAUUCGCUUUAACUGAAAUAAAGAUAUCUUUAGCCAGUGCGCAGUGCCUUGUGGUAAAUCAAUCUAUUUUUUUAGAUAUAAACUAGUUUUUUAUUUUAAGUACAAAAACGUAACAGUGCAUCUUAUUUUUGUAACCACAGCGAUAUUAUAAAUCGAAUCUCUUUGUUUAUUUUCUUAUUGUGAUGUUUUAUUUUGUGCUCAUUACAGCGGUAUGUAGUUAAUUUUUUUGUAGUUUUUAAGUUUGUAGUACUACUAAGUGAAUUGAUUGUAUUAAUAAUAAGUGGUUAGACGUUUUUUAUGUACAAACAGUUUUGCCAUAUGCAGAAGAGUUUUAUUGUAGUUUUAAUAGAAAAUGCCUUAAUAAAAUUUUGAAUCCGAA